AUGGCCCCCCGCGAGUUUGUCCGGCGCUCUGUUUGGGGAAAUUUGCCGCAAAUUCCUUUGCCGGAAAUCCUCUUACCGGAAACUCCUCUGUCCAAGGCUUUGAAGGCUGGCAACCAGACGCUCUUCAAGGAGCUGCUUGAGGACCCUGAGAAUCGUCGAGACAUCAACACCGUUGGGCACGACUACCUGGAGGCCGCCAUUCUCCUAAAUAGAACGGAGAUCGUCAGAGCUCUUGUUUCGCUGCCUCUCUCAGAGUUUGAUUUCCCCAAUCGCCCGGGGGCACCGACGGAAGCUAACAGCCCUUUGGACCUGUCUAUUUCGUUUGAGCGCUUCGAUAUCUUCAAGAUCAUCGUCGACACCGGAAAAGUCGAUAUCUCCGAACCUGAUGUAGAUGGCAGGACUCCGCUACACCUCGCAAGCGCAAUAGGGUCUACCCAUAUUGUCGAGUCAAUGCUACAGCACGACAAUGUCAAAGCGGAUGCGAAGGACAAUGAAGGCCGGACACCCCUCUACCUCGCUGCUUAUGGGGGUAUGAGCAAUGUGGUCGAGAUCCUUCUUCGUUUAGAUACAGUGGACCCCGACUCUAAAGACUCGAAUGGUCGCAGCCCUUUCUGGUGGGCUGUCCGUUAUGGCUAUGAUUCUGUCGCCAAAAUGUUGGCCGAUACUGGACGUGUUGACCGUAGCGUUGAAGAGGAGGCGACCAGGAUACGCAAUCGCAUACUUGUUCUAGAUGAGCAUGGACCACCAACUUUUAGGACUUCUUACAGAAGACAUGGCUAA